AUGGAAGAGGCCCACUCGUCACAACCAAACUAUUAUCAGACAACUGCUUUGAACUAUAAAACAGAUUUUCGAAAAGAAUCGUUCGACAGAUUUGAUUUAUCUCGGAGAACAAAUUCCCAACAGAAACAGGAAUCAUCGUUUACGACCGUUUCAAUAAGAGAACCGAUACCCAGCGGACUCUUUCACGAAGUAACACCGGCGACCAAAGUCAAUUUAUCUUCCUCUGUCCGUGUCGUUAGCUUGAUAUCGAACGAAGGCUUCAUAACUAACCAGGGUUAUCCGUAUGCAUAUGAAGACGCAGCAUAUUGUCAGUGGAGUGUUCGUUUGGCGAACGGAACUCGGAUCAAAAUUACGUUUGAAGAUCUAGACGUGGAGUUCGACAAAGACUUUUUAGAGAUCUCGUUUGGUCAAGGAAACGAGUAUUAUUUUCGGCGAUUCACAGGCAAUAAAGUUCCACCUGCUUCUGUAUUCAACACUGACAAAAUAAAAAUCGUUUUCAAAACUGAUCGAAAUGGACAUGGACGUGGAUUCUACAUAUAUUUUAAAGAAACAAAUGAAGCACCUUCAUUUCCGCUGUCAGCAAACCCUUCGUGCAGUGACCUUAGUGUUUCAAGAGAAGGCCAUCUGGUCACGCCAGGCUAUCCACAAACACAUUAUUCGAAUAAUGAGUUUUGCUCAUGGGUCAUUGCUGGUGCUUCAAACUCGGUGAUCAAAUUGGAAAUCGAAGACUUCCAUACUGAAAUCUACGACCAACUGGCCAUUGGUGUAGGGUUGGAUCCCCACGGUAAUGCUUCCUCGGCUUUAAUUCGAUUGUUUGGGAAAGUGGACACGCCCCAAGAAACAAUCAUCCCUGCUAACGCCCUCUGGUUUCAGUUUCGCAGUGACGAAUCUGUAACAGAGACGGGAUUUGAUAUUCGCUAUCAGAUAAUUGAAAGGCACAUUUGCAAAUGUGGAGGAGAUGUUUCCUCUCGCCAUGGAGUCCUUCAGUCAGAGAAUUAUCCCCAGGAAUACCCAAUUAAUAGUGAAUGCCGAUGGACCAUAAGCGGAGAUAAAGGGUCACACAUUAUUCUGCACUUUCUCCAUUUUCACUUACAGGAUGAACACGACUUCCUUCUUGUAGGCCAGGGUCCGGAUGUUUUUGUUGGUAAUUUUACCCAGUUCACUGGUCGAAUUGAGCACACCAAGAUUAUGAGGAUGAAAAUGAAUUCCGUGUGGCUUCACUUCACGUCCGAUCAUGUGAAAGGCGACACAUUUUAUAACGGCUUCAAAUUAGCCUACAACAUCGUAACGGCCGAGACAAAUUCACCAGCAGUCUGUUCAUCUAUCUAUCUAUCUAUCUAUCUAUCUAUCUAUCUAUCUAUCUAUCUAUCUAUCUAUCUAUCGCAGUCUGUUCAUCUUUCUCUUUUAAUAUCUAUGCAUCCCAGUCUGUUCAUCUAUCUAUCUAUCUAUCUAUCUAUCUAUCUAUCUAUCUAUCUAUCUAUCUCUAUCUAUCUAUCGCAGUCUUCUGUUCAUCUAUCUAUCUAUCUAUCUAUCUAUCUAUCUAUCUAUCUAUCUAUCUAUCUAUCUAUCUAUCGCAGUCUGUUCAUCUUUCUCUUUUUAACUAUCUAUGCAUCCCAGUCUGUUCAUCUAUCUAUCUAUCUAUCUAUCUAUCUAUCUAUCUAUCUAUCUAUCUAUCUAUCGCAGUCUGUUCAUCUCUCUCUUUUUAACUAUCUAUUCAUCUCAGUCUGUUCAUCUAUCUAUCUAUCUAUCUAUCUAUCUAUCUAUCUAUCUAUCUAUCUAUCUAUCUCAUCUACUCAUUUCUUUCUUUCUCUUUCCCUCUCUAUUUAUUUGUCUACUUCAGUCUGUUUACAUCUAUCUAUCUAUCUAUCUAUCUAUCUAUCUAUCUAUCUAUCUAUCAGAUCAGAAGUUGUCUUUUAUAUUUAUUUCAUUUUAUAA